UGCCGGAGAAAAAGGAAGAUGUCGCCAAGAUAAGUCUUUCCACCUAUAAACUGGAUAACAUCAAUAUACGCGAAGCGAUACACGAAAGAUAUGACGUCGAGAUAAUUGGGAAAGACUUAUUUAUCAAAUAUGAUGGAUAUUAUAAGGAAAGAAUCCAUCGCAAACUAGCAAAUUCAGCUGAGAUUCAUAAUCCAAAUUGGGGUGUAGAGGUUAAUGUAAUAUGUGUGAUAGGAAAUAAUAAUUUUCGACCAGACGUUGGCAUUUGGUUUCAGAAGCCAACAUUUGCACAAGGAACAAGACCCAUUGCCAACUUGUGCCCACCUCCAAACGUAUGGAUAGAGGUUUUCUAUAACAGAGAUCAAGAUCGUAGUCACGCUUUAUCUAAAAUUGAUUUAAUUCAGCAACACUCGACCAACAUAGAAUAUGUCGGAAUCGCUAUCCCCUAUGCAGUCAAUCCAAUUCACCAGAACCAAAAUCCCUGGAUA